UCAGGGUCCACGUACUUAGGCAGUUUAGGUAUGGUGACUCUGUCCUACUCUAGACUUCUAGUCUACAAGCUUGCCCAAGGCUGCAAGGCGACUUUCCACAGUGUCGGACUCUCAGGACCAGUCUCUGACCAGUCCCUGAUGACGCAGGCAGGGCGACGAUUCCCUGUUUCUCGCCUAACUGAAACCGUGCCUAGUCUAGACCCAGUAGGCGUCGUGCGGCCAUCCCCGACGAGUGAGCUUCGCAGCACGCACUGCUCGACCGUUGGGCUGACUGGCAGGCCAAUAAGCCCCAGCGACCCCUGUGCCUGGCAGCUAGCCUGGUUGAGAAACAGAUGA